AUAUAAAUUAACAUAUAUUUAAGAAAAACCUGAGUUAGGUCAUUCUGCAUAAUGAGUACCUUUGAUACAUUUUGAUGCUAAUACUUUUGUACUUUUAUUGUACUUAAGGUUUUGAAUGCAGGAUCUUUACUUGUAGUAGAAUAAUUUCAGUGUGGUGUUAGUAGCCUACUUUUAAUUACAUAAAGGAUCUUAAUACUUCUUCCAUCACUGACAUACUGUGACUCCAUACACAUACAGUGAGGUGUGUCCUGUACAUGCAGAGCCGACGUGUAAGUUAAUAGGUUACUGUUUUGUUAUUAUCAUGGUCUGGGAUACCUAAUACUCGAGUCCAGAAUCUGAGUUUCAGUGACUGAAUCUGAUCUGAACUUUGAGCUGAAGCGGCUUUAAAAAGGCCACAUGGCUUAAAUCAGCUGGCUUUACAACAUCACCGAGGAAGAGACGUCUUCCUCCCUCCGUCCUCUCCUGCUCCAGCUGCAGCCUGCAGGUACACAGACAGGUUUGCAUAUGUUGCACCAGAUGGAGUGGGAUUCAUCAGAUGACUGUCUUGGAGCAAUCAUGGACGACCCCCCUCACUUAUCUGAACCUCCUGAGUCAAAGCCCUCCACUGCCGACAUCUCAGAACAUGAAUUCUCGUGCCACUGUUGCUACGACAUCUUAGUGAACCCCACCACCUUGACCUGUGGCCAUAACUUUUGCCGUCACUGUCUGGCUCUGUGGUGGGAGUCCUCUCACAAGAAUGAGUGUCCAGAGUGCCGGGAGAAGUGGGAAGGCUUUCCUAAAAUCAACAUACUGCUGAGGGAUGCAACUGACAAGCUGUUCAGUGAGGUGGUUCAGCGGAGGAGAGCAGAGAUCCAGGCAAAUCCCAAAAUCUCCAAGAGCUUGCUGGCCUUCCAGAGGUAUGGUGACAAUUUGGGUAGAUCCAAGACAAACCAGCACAAAGGAGCCGGCUUCUUCUUCUCCGGAGUCCUGACUGCACUCACGUGUGUAGCUGUGAUGGUGCUGGUGUAUCACUGGAGCAGUGGGGUGGUGGAACAGCACGACAUGUUGAUCAGUAAACCCGUGUCUCACUGGACGCCGGAGGAAGUCGUGUCCUGGCUGGAGCACUUGGGGCCCUGGGCCCAGCUUUACAGAGAACCCUUUCAGCAUGAGAACGUCAAUGGGAGGCUACUGCUGAUGCUGGGGGACGAAGAGUUGUUAAAACCGCCUUACAGCAUCGAAAAUCAGGCUCACCGACGGGCUGUUCUGGCUGAACUGGACAGAGUCAAAGCCCUGGGUGUCAAACCUCCACAGAACCUCUGGGAAUACAAGGCUACUAAUGCAGGGAAGUCACUGUUCUUGCUGUACGCCCUGAAGCGCUCCCCUCGUCUCACACUCUUCUAUUUGUAUUUAUUCGACUACUCGGAAACCUUCCUGCCCUUCCUGCACACCUGCUGUCCAGCCAUCACACACAUCAGCCACACAGUGGAGAGCAGCUUCCUCAGCACACAGUUGGAGCCCAGUUGGCGACAGUGGGCGGAGUUUCUUGUAAAGUACCUCCUGCUUCCCUAUCAGCUGAUAGCAGAGUUUGCUUGGGACUGGCUGGCCGUCCACUACUGGACGUCCCGCUUCAUCAUUGUUAACGCCAUGCUGCUGUCUGUGUUGGAAGGCUGCACCCUGUGGAGACUCUGGACAAGAGCCAGGAUCAGGUCUCUACCACGCAAAAUGUGGAACCACUUGUGGAAGAUGUUAUCUCAGGGAUUUGCCUUCGCCCUCCUGUGGCCUUUUGUCCCUCAGUUUGUGUGCAACUGCCUCUUCUACUGGGCCCUCUACUUCAGUCCCAUCAUUAAUAUAGACCUGGUGGUGCAGCAACUAAUGCAUCCAGAAACACAGGCAUUGUGACAAACUGCAUGAAGUCAGUGCUCUAAUAAUGCCGCGCAGUUCACAGCAAAUAAAAUAGCCAGAGAUCCAGUUGCAGAAGACGAGAAGUGUUUAUUUUCAGCACUAGACUCACAUGAGCCUGGCUUAUUUGCUGCUGGAGGGGAAGUUUUAUCGCUUCCGGUAUAGUCUCUGUGCUGGAUGGUUGCCACGUCGAACAAGAGAGACAUCGAGCUAUUGUAGGAGAAACAAAAACAACAAGAUAAGAAACAGUGAAAUAUCUGUGAAGUUAUUGAUUUGGAGAGAUUACUGCAGAGAGAUUUCUCUCCCUCUCUGCGUGCACAGUGCAUUCACAAACCACAUUGCCUACAUGGUUUAGAGGGCAGUUAUGCAAAUGAUAAGUCAUGUUCAAACACUGGUCAUAAUGAAGGCUGGCCUCAUGAGGAGCUUUCUGAUAGCUUUGUAGCAUUGAGAUGUCUGUGUGGUGAAAAGUUAACUUUUUUUUUUACACCUACAGACUGAAGGUGGAACAAAACAAGUAUCAAUAAAUACAUUUUUGUUUGACUCCUUUUAUCAAAUGUCUUUAUGACAUGUAAUCCACAACCGAUUAAAUAAACACCUGCUGCUUUAAAGGUAUCGGUUUGAAUGAAGCAGUAUUAUAAAUGUAUAUAAAUCCUUCUGCAUGAAUAUUAAGGCGUUGUUAAAACCUUCAGUGCAGUUCUGAUUGUCUACAAACUUGGUGCUGCAGAGCUUUCUGAAAAUUCACUCGACGAGGUUUGGUAACAUGAUUGUAAAAAUGUGUCAAAUGUUGAAGUCUGCAGUUCUGCAGCCUGAUGGGACCCUCAGGCUUCACAGUUGCUUUAAAGGAAAACAUGAUUGUGAACAAAUGUUCAACAGUGAAGCGCGUUCCAGGGAUUCCAGAUGUUUAUUUCACAAUUCAUGUGGCACUUAGGUUUGAAAUGAAAAGAUAUGUUCUUAAGAUUUUUUCAGAUUUUUAUGAUUAUAAAAAAAGAAACUGUUCAUGUCAAAUUUUAUUUGCUGGUACUGCUGACAAAUAUUGUGUUGCACAUUUUUUUAUUAUUGGAAAACAUUUUGUUCGCAGUUUCCAUUUAAUGGGUGAGUAGAGCUAAUCAAAGACUUUUUAUUUUUUACAUUUUUCAUUUGCACUUAAAGGUUCUACACUGUGAUUUUGUUCUUCAAUGUUCUAUAAUGAAUAAAUAAAGAUUUUUAAAUUAUGUUA